UCCAACAAGAGUGGUGCUUCUAACUACUCGUGAAGAACAUAAUGGACGACGAUGAAAAUAUUGAGAAUGCGCUGGGAAAUCUAUCCGAAAUCGACAGAGAUCGAAGACAUCCAUGUUCGAAGAUAUUUGUUCGGACAGUUACGAUAAUCACAUGUAUCCAUAUGAUUAUUCAUAGAAGAGUAACACCAGUUCAAGAUGAACUUAUUCGAUGCCGGACACUUUCGUUCAUUAUGAAAUGCCAACCAAAUCCAGAUUUGGAUCAGUUUGCAGAUCCUGACGUGGCAGAUAUCAUCCACUUCAUUUUUCGCUGGCUCAUGUUUGGAUCGUUUCCAAUGUUAUCAUUAGCUGCGUUGGUCAUCUCGGCAUUAUUAUUAAGACACUGGCCUCGUCUCAUUGACAAAAUUACUAUAAAUCCAACCUUUCUGCAUGUUUUCUGUUUAUUUUCGUUGUUCUACAUGUUUCUCGAAUCAAUGUUUCAAGCAUUUGCUUACAUGUAUGGAAUUUCCAGCGCUAGCACAGCCGUGAACGCUCCUUGGACAGACUACUUACUAUCUUCUCUCUACUCAAUACUUCUUUGGUUCUUCUUUCUCAAUUUUCUUGUGAAUAUGCAACUGACAGAAUUUGAUUGUCGAGCUGCGCGUGAGAUAGCUGGUGGUAUUAUCAACGAUCAAAAUCCACCAGCUGAUCAUCAAUGA